AUGUCCACACCUCGCUGGAGAGACUCGGAAACUCGCGCGAUCUGCAGUUCCAGUUGCCCGUUUGGCUUCCGGACCGGGGCCGGAAAUCCCCAGGCGCCGGUUCAUUUUUUUCAAAGCAAUCCGGCAAACACCCCUAAAAACCCGGCACGCGCCUGCAGCCCCAAUGGACUGUCUCAAUUUAUAACCAAGGCUCCCCACACUGCUCACUGCAGCCGCCCCGGCGACGCACAUUCGUGGAUACACAGCAUUCGGCCGCACCAGACGGGAAACCCCACUGCCUGCAAAAGCGCAUCAAAUCAGAUUACACGACAUCAGAUUAGAUUACGACGGAUCAGGUCAGGGUCAGAUCAGUCGAUACGCGAGCAGCGCCACAUCGCCACCCCCGAGGACGGCCCCAUCCCCACCCAAAGACGGGGAUGCAGUUUCCAACAGGCUGGUGACCUGGGCGGGUUGUCAAACCGAGACACGCGCCUCACACGCGCGGGUAAUACACCACCCCCGUCCGUCAACACCAAGUAA